GCCCGGCCAGACCUUUCACAUUCAUUUGGUAUCAAAGAACCCCUCGAGAUGUACAAAGUUGCCUGUAUAGUUUUUGCCCUGUUCGCAGUCGCCUCGGCGGUGCCCUCAACCUUUGAUACCGAGCACGUUUGGAAGGCCGGUAACCUGUCGUUCCCCUUCCCUGGUAACGCAAUUCUGGGAGGAUUCGAUCCUUACGGCUACAACAUCUACAUUGGCCGCGUGAAGUACAGCAACACGAUCCUGCCAGCCCGCGUGGUGGCGGAGACGGGUGUCGCCUACUUCAACAACCAGCUGACGUCCUCCAAGGCGACAACAUACGAUCUCCUGGUGGCAGAGCGCAACCUGAACUACGUGUGGGUGCGCAGCUUCGACGGCUUAUACGAGCGGUACUCCGUUUCCGUGGGCACAACGGUCUACAACGAGCGCGUGUUCAUGUGCCGGGCCAAGACCGACGGUGGCCUGCUCAUGGGCAGCCUCAUCCUCAGCGAAAAGCUGUGCAUCAUCAAGCACGAGAACCUGGCACUGCGCAAGUUCGACAAGUACGAGGUGCUCGUGGGCCAGUCCAAGAAUGGAACCGUCUUUUAAUCAAAGCGUAUCUGUGGACAAAAUUAAUUUCAGUCAUUAAAAAUAUACUCUGUUUCCGCAGAAAGUAUAUUUAACAAAAAACAAAGUCCCAUUUUAAAUAUAAAAAAAGUAUUUAUACAUAUA